GUGUUUUUCUUGAAUAACAUUAACAAAACAAAUAUAGUUUCCUUCGUCUUGAAGCGUGUUUUGUUUGUCUCAACUUACAUACAAUUCCUGUAUCUGUAUAUUUCUCCCUCCCUCCAUCUCUUUAAUUAAAAUAAAUAUUGAAAAAGAAAGAAAAUUUUUGAAAAAAAAUUGAUUGAUUGAUCUGGGAGGAACUAACCCAGUUUCCUCCCUUGUUUCAAUGGAUACACCAAGCUCUUGGGAUUCCUUAAGGAAACAGGCAAGGAAUCUUGAAGCAGAGUUGGAUGAUCAAAUGCAUAUGUAUCGUAAACUGGUGUCUAACAAAGUUGAUGAUGGUAAUAAUGAAGGUAAUCUUGGUUCCAGCAUAGAACAACUACUUAAACAGCUACAACAAGUGAUAUCACAAAUGCAAGCCUGGGUGUCAUCUGGUGGAUCAGAAAUUUUUUCACAUACAUUAACUCGACAUCACGAAAUUCAUCAUGAUCUUACUCAGGAGUUUAAUCGACUUCGUUCGAGCCUCAGAGCUAAGAGAGAGCAUGCAUCACUGCUUGAAGAUUUCAGGGAGUUUGACAGAGCAAGGUUAGAUAUAGAAGAGGGUGGUGGGUCUCAAGAGCAGUCUCUUCUUAAGGAGCGUGCUACUCUCAUGAGAAAUACAGGGCAGAUGGACGGUGUAAUAUCUCAAGCGCAAGAGACCCUCGGUUCACUUGUGCUUCAAAGGUCAACAUUUAGAGGCGUAAAUUCAAAGCUUAGCAACGUUAGCAGUCGGCUCCCCACUGUGAAUAGCAUUAUCUCUGCAAUAAAUAAAAAGAAGUCUAUGGACACCAUAAUUCUUUCUCUAGUUGCAUCCGUUUGUAUGUUUCUGAUUUUGAUCUACUGGUUGACCAAAUAGCAAAGCAACUUUGGUAGUCUUGUGGUGGCUGCACUUGAUGCAGCUUUGAGGUACACCAUGUCACCAAUUGAUUGUAUAAAUAAUUUUUGUAGUUCAUUUAUGAUUUAGUGGGUUUUUCACGCAUAGAAAUGUAAUAUAUAACAAUAUUCUCGCAAAAUGCAAGACUUGCUCAAUUGUUUGGAACCAA